AUGAAAGUAAUCAAGAGACGUCGAUCUAUCAAAUCUUGCAAGUAUUGUUACGAUCACAAGCUGAAAUGUUCGAAAGAGCAGCCAUGUUUGAAUUGUAAAAGACAUGGGAAACUAGCUCUAUGUAUGUACGGAUUUGAUAAAGAGCCGCACCCAGCUAUUCCUCCACCUGCUCUCAAUUUAGACAACAAUGCAUUGUUCGCUAGGUCAGCAACCAAAAAAAUGCCGACAGUGGCACCUAAUCGUCCAGGUCCCUAUUAUCCCUUUUUGCUGGAGGCUCAACAGGUAAGUUCUCUGGGGCUGCGUGACAAAGAUUCAGCGAAUCGCCCCGAUAUGAAAAGAAAUGCCAUUACUCGCUUCAACUCUCUUGACGAAGCUAAGAUGUCAAUGGAUGCGAUUUUGGAUAUGGUGCCUGAGAGUAAGGCGUCUAUGAGUCUGUUGGUUGACAAUUACUUUUAUCGCAUUAACCCAAUAAUACCUCUUCUAGAUCGAGAUGCGACGCUGAAACAGGUAAAGUCCUUCUACGAAUUGCGCCAAUCUGGAAAAAAGGUUGCUGCACGCGAUUGUAUCAUAAUGUUUACGAUACUUUUCACUGUUUCUUAUGUGCACGUCGCAGAAGGCCAAAUUCCUGACCUUCUUCUCUGCAACAGAUACUACGCAGCAUUUCAGGCUCUGCUAACUUACGACUCAUAUCCUUAUGAAACUUCAGUCGCCGCGGUGCAAGGCGCGUUGAUUGUAAACUUUGUGGUGGAUCCAAACAUGACUAACGCUGUCGCCCUCUCGGCGGUUCUCCUUCGACACAUUCAGAAAUUGGGCGUUCACAAGCAGAUAGGACUGCUCUCUAGCGAAACGGACGGCCUCAAAAUUCACUUACAGGCGUUGUGGCAUUUUGUUCUUUACCUUGAAGGAUCCUCAUCCGUAGUUGCAGGGCUUCCAUUUAUGCACACGGCACAAGCAUUCGAUUGUGUAGAUUUGCCAGGAAAUGAAGCAAGUGCCGCUAUAGCUCAUAUGGCGUUCGCUAAUGGAAGGUUUCUUAUCAAUAGAAUGUUUCGCGUGAUAAUGAUGUACAAAGAUACGGGCACCGUGCCAGUGGACGACGCGCUUGUCACUGUUCGGAACGGUUUCGGGAAAUUGAGCAACCAGGUCGAGGAGCUCUGUGCCAAAAUUGAGAGUCUAAAAAAAGGAGAGGCAGUCUACUUUAUAAGCACUCUUAGAGUGUUUUUAUUGAGGGCUUUUCUCAGGUUUGAAGCUCUCUUCUCCUCGAACUCGGUGAGACAUCAACCUGUAACGGAGAAUCACGACCGAGAUUCUAAUUUCUUUCAAGUCGUAGACCGUGUUUUACAAUCUGGAACGAUAACAAGCAAAGAGACAGUCGAGCUUUCUGCCUUAUUAUUAUUUUACACCCUCAGACGUCUUGGUGUAGGGAAUUGUCCCAGGUUUGCAUGGUACUCGAAAGGUUCUACGGUAAUGCAAUAUCUUUUCAUCCUUUUGAAAGCCAUCAGCCAAGAACCUACUGAAUCAUACAGUGUCAGCAUUUCGAACCUUGCGUAUCCCGUCGUUCUCUCAGAGGAUAUUGUGGAGUGUAUAAGCACCGAUGCUGUCAAUUUCAAGUACGUCCUAGUAGAGGAGCUCUUCAGCUUGCUCGAAACAAAACUGGCUCCACUUUGGGAUGAUCGAGAUCUUGACUGUUUCCUCCUUUUACGGUCAGUCAAAGACAGGGUGUGGGAGCUGAACAAAGAAUAUAUCGGUCGUAGUAAAGCGAGCUUUGAGUCCUUGAGAGCAUGCGAUUUGUUUCGGGUAUAUCAAUUUGAAACUCGAACGGGCGGUAUUCAAAGUUCGGAAAAUGACACGCAACAGUGGGAAUUUUGCAAUAAGACUAUUGAUGCAGAAAAUGUAAUGAGAUGGUUGUCAGAAUUAUGA